UUCUGUGCCGCCUUGACAUUUGGGUUUAUCAGAACUCCAUUCCUCUUCAAAAGCAUUAGACUGAACCCCCCUUUACGAAUAUCAUUUUCAUUAUCAUGCCUUCAUGCCUCACGAAUUCUUGACUCGAUAACGAUAACCCCAGAAACUGUAACAAUCACAGUUUGGUGUAAGGCGGCUUCUACAGCUCUUUUGAACACAGCCCCAAAUCAACGGAAGCGCAAAGAUUCCACCCACGGCCAACCUUGAAACCCCAGGAACUUAGAAGGUGUUCUGCGCUACUUUCCUACCAUUAUCUAUCAUUGACGUCCCAAUACACAACACCGCCAUCUCUGGCGAACCUUCACCAUGGCCAACAAUAGCAGAGUGGACUCAAGUCUUCCAGCGUAUGUUUCAAACUCGAUCAUACAGGAAAAGAAACACAACUGACACAUCUAUAGGCAACCCAAUCUGCGAUUAACUAGUAGGCUUAAACUUGGGAAUUGAGUAUCAUUAAAUAUACUAAUCAUCAAUAGUAAUUGCUGCCGACGGUUUAUACAAGCGUGAUGUUUUUAGUACGAAUACUAAUUCCCUGCGGAGGACAACCUUUCUAAUAAUGUGUCACAGGAUUUCCGGACCCUUUUGCAGUUGCGACAUUGAGUGGCGAGCAGACCAAGACCACGUCUGUUAUCAAAAGGACCCUCAAUCCAUACUGGAACGAAAUCUUCGACUUGUAAAUAUAAAACUUCCUCUGCAGGAAAGAAAUUGGACUAAUUUGAUUUUAGGCGUGCGAACGAAGAUAGUAUAUUGGCCGUGCAGAUAUUUGAUCAGAAGAAGUUCAAGAAGAAGGACCAAGGUUUUUUGGGAGUAAUAAAUGUUCGCGUUGGAGAUGUCGUCGAUUUUUCAUCGCCUCAAGAUCGUGAGUCAUGAUGGUACUCUUAAUACCAUUCACGUUCAGACGCUUACAAUAGAAUCACACAGAAAUGCUCACCCGGGACCUGAAGAAGUCGACAGAUAAUCUUGUGGUACACGGAAAACUUAUUAUAAAUCUUUCUACCAAUUUAGAUACCCCUCCAAGAGGAGGUAGCCUCGCCCCGCCCACCAACGGCCAUUCAUCCUCAAGCAAUCGGCCUUCAGCCCACACUCCAACCGGCUCCGUUUCCAAUUUCUCGAACCCUUCAUCUUCGCCGGCUCCCCAUACCCCGCAACCACAGGGAGUCGUUAUGGCUAAUGGAGCCCUCUCCAGCGGACCGACACCCGGUCAUGCACCCGCUGCCGGCAGCGGAGGAAGCAACGCUCCUGCGACCAGUGGAGGAGCAGGUCACCGAAAUGGGUUAAGCUCUUUCGAGGAUGCUCAGGGUAGAUUGCCAGCUGGUUGGGAAAGGCGUGAAGAUAACUUGGGACGAACUUAUUAUGUCGACCACAACACAAGAUCUACAAGUUGGAAUCGACCAUCUGCAUCGGGGACGACGGAGACGAGACAGGACGAGAGAAAUGCUAAUACCCAGGUGGAGCGCCAAAGACAUCAAAAUCGUACUUUACCUGAAGAUCGUACUGGUGCUAGUUCGCCAAGCUUGGCCCAGCAACAAGCCAAUGGCACUAGCACGGCAACUGCGACUACGAUGAUGGCUACUGGCGCUACAACUGCAGGAACAGGAGAGCUUCCACCCCUCUGGGAACAGAGACAUACCCCAGAAGGCCGUCCUUAUUUCGUGGAUCACAACACACGAACUACGACUUGGGUGGAUCCUCGACGUCAACAAUACAUCCGCAUGUAUGGUGGUCAAAAUGCCAAUAAUACCAUUCAGCAACAACCAGUUUCACAACUUGGCCCUCUACCAAGUGGUUGGGAAAUGAGACUAACCAACACUGCAAGAGUAUACUUUGUGGACCACAACACCAAGACCACUACAUGGGACGAUCCUCGAUUACCAUCUUCGCUGGAUCAGAACGUGCCGCAGUACAAACGUGAUUUCAGAAGGAAGCUAAUUUACUUCCGUUCUCAACCAGCGUUACGCAUUCUCUCCGGUCAAUGUCAUGUCAAGAUUCGAAGAUCACAUAUUUUUGAGGACUCCUACGCUGAAAUUAUGCGUCAAUCUGCCACCGAUUUAAAGAAACGUCUUAUGAUUAAAUUUGAUGGAGAAGAUGGUCUCGAUUAUGGUGGAUUAUCAAGAGAAUUCUUUUUCCUUCUUUCCCAUGAAAUGUUCAACCCUUUCUAUUGCUUAUUCGAAUACUCUGCUCACGACAACUAUACCCUUCAAAUCAACCCUCACUCUGGCAUUAACCCGGAACAUCUCAACUACUUCAAAUUUAUUGGUAGAGUGGUCGGUUUGGCCAUCUUCCACCGUCGAUUCUUGGAUGCAUUUUUCAUCGGUGCCCUAUAUAAAAUGAUGCUUAGUAAGGCAGUCUCCCUUCAAGAUAUGGAGGGUGUUGAUGCCGAUUUCCAUCGAAGUCUUCAAUGGAUGUUGGAUAAUCCAAUUGAAGGUGUUUUAGACCAGACGUUUUCCACAGAAGAUGAGCGAUUCGGUGUUACAAAUGUCGAAGAUCUUAAACCAGGUGGAAGAGAUAUUGAAGUCACAGAUGAAAACAAAAAGGAGUAUGUUGAUUUGAUGGUAAAAUGGAGGAUUCAAAAGCGAAUUGAUGAGCAAUUUCAAGCUUUCAUUAAUGGCUUCCACGAGCUAAUUCCAGCCGAACUUGUUAACGUUUUUGAUGAAAGAGAACUUGAGUUAUUGAUUGGCGGUAUUGCGGAAAUUGAUGUUGAUGACUGGAAGAAGCACACAGAUUACAGAGGAUAUACGGAAUCCGAUGAGGUUAUUAAGUUUUUCUGGCAAACAAUCCGAAGCUGGGAUGGAGAACAAAAAUCCCGCCUUCUUCAAUUUGCAACUGGUACAUCUCGUAUUCCCGUCAAUGGAUUCAAGGAUCUUCAGGGUAGUGAUGGACCGAGGAGAUUUACAAUUGAAAAGCAAGGAGAGCCCAAUAAUCUACCAAAAUCUCACACAUGGUAAGCUGGUCGUAAUACCUUCAGUUUUACAUGUACUAAUCACACUCUUUAGUUUCAACCGACUGGAUCUUCCACCUUACAAAACCCUCGAGCAGUUGCAAACGAAAUUGACGAUGGCAGUAGAAGAGACGAUGGGAUUCGGACAGGAGUGAUUGAUGUUAUGGAAGGAUUUCAUUGGUUCCACAAGGUGUUUGUUAUUUUUCUAUACAAGCUGAGGGAGGUCCAGGUUUCUCAACUUUUAAAUUACCUGGAACGGAUUUGGAGGUAUGAAUUAUUCGGAAUAAAUGGCGGGUUUCAAGGUUCGACGUCUCAUUAGGAAAUGCAUUGUAACGAUUGAUACAAUAAUCGAAAGAAAACCAAAUCCAGCUCAGAGUAUCCGAUGAUCUUGUAAUUAGUAGGGUAGUGUACUAGAAUGUACCGACAUUAGAAAGAAGAAUUGUUCUAUGU